GGGAGGGGAUCUAGUUCUCCUGCCCCCUUCGCCCUAGGGCCAAAUCAGUAUGCUGGCUUCAGCUCCCUGCAGCAGCCGGCUGUAAGCUAAGCCAGCGUGCCGCGGCCGCAGCAGCAAGUGCCCUGCGAGGGGGGUGCGCGCAGCUCUGAGGAGGACGCUGCUGGGGUGCAGCUCAGCAUCUCCAGGGGCAGGUCAUUUAUUUGAAAGGAUGAUUAUUAAUUUGAACUGGUUUCUGUGCUUCCCGGUUGUGCUGUUACACCACUGGAUGGAGACAACAUUAUCCUUGAAUCUUGAAGAUCCAAAUGUGUGUAGCCACUGGGAGAGUUAUUCAGUUACAGUUCAAGAAUCAUAUCCACAUCCUUUUGAUCAAAUUUACUACACCAGCUGUACUGACAUACUGAACUGGUUUAAAUGCACACGACACAGAAUCAGUUACCGUACUGCCUACAGGCAUGGAGAAAAAACAAUGUACAGACGGAAAUCUCAGUGCUGUCCUGGAUUUUAUGAAAGCAGGGAAAUGUGUGUCCCUCACUGUGCUGAUAAAUGUGUCCAUGGUCGUUGUAUUGCUCCAAACACCUGUCAGUGUGAGCCUGGCUGGGGGGGACCCAAUUGCUCUAGUGCAUGUGAUAGUGACCACUGGGGACCCCACUGCAGUAGUCGCUGCCAGUGCAAAAAUGGAGCCUUAUGUAAUCCCAUCACUGGAGCCUGCCACUGUGCUUCUGGUUUCAAGGGCUGGCGCUGUGAGGAACGCUGUGACCAGGGAACAUAUGGAAAUGAUUGCCACCAAAAAUGUCAGUGUCAAAAUGGAGCCACCUGUGAUCAUGUGACUGGAGAAUGCAGAUGCCCUCCUGGAUAUACUGGUGCUUUCUGUGAGGAUCUUUGUCCCCCCGGCAAACAUGGGCCACAGUGUGAAGAAAGAUGUCCAUGCCAGAAUGGAGGAGUGUGUCACCAUGUGACUGGGGAAUGUGCCUGCCCACCUGGAUGGAUGGGCACAGUCUGUGGUCAGCCUUGUCCAGAGGGUCGUUAUGGAAAGAACUGCUCCCAGGAGUGUCAAUGCCACAAUGGAGGGACAUGUGACUCAGCAACAGGGCAAUGUCACUGCAGUCCAGGUUAUACAGGGGAACGAUGCCAGGAUGAAUGUCCAGUGGGGACUUAUGGAGUGCAAUGUGCAAAGACCUGUCAGUGCAUGAAUGGAGGGAAAUGCUAUCAUAUUAGUGGUGCGUGUCUCUGUGAUCCAGGAUAUACGGGAGAACACUGUGAAACAAGGCUUUGUUCUGAGGGAGUCUAUGGUCUCAAGUGUGACAAAAAAUGCCCCUGUCACUUGCAGAACACUCACAGCUGUCACCCUAUGUCUGGAGAAUGCUCCUGCAAGCCAGGCUGGUCUGGACUCUACUGUAAUGAGACAUGUUCUCCUGGAUUCUAUGGUGAAUCUUGUCAACAGAUCUGCAGCUGCCAAAAUGGUGCUGACUGUGAUAGUGUGACUGGAAAAUGCAUCUGUGCCCCUGGAUUUAAGGAUUCUGAUUGUGCUACUCCUUGCCCUCCGGGAACCUAUGGAGUAAACUGUUCCUCUGUGUGCAACUGCAAAAAUCAAGCCAUCUGUUCUCCGGUGGAUGGUUCUUGUACCUGCAAAGCAGGUUGGCAUGGUGUGGAUUGUUCAAUAAACUGUCCCAGUGGCACAUGGGGUCUUGGUUGUAAUUUAACUUGCCAGUGCCUUAAUGGAGGGGCUUGCAAUGCUUUGGAUGGAACCUGUACCUGUGCUCCAGGUUGGAGAGGGGAAAAGUGUGAACUCACUUGCCAGGAUGGCACAUAUGGAAUGGACUGUGCUGAACGCUGUGAUUGCAGCCAUGCAGAUGGCUGUCAUCCAACCACUGGUUACUGUCGCUGUCUCCCUGGAUGGUCAGGUAUACAUUGUGACAGCGUGUGUGCCGAGGGUCAAUGGGGUCCAAACUGUUCAUUGUCCUGUUACUGCAAAAAUGGAGCUUCGUGCUCUCCAGAUGAUGGAAUCUGUGAAUGUGCACCAGGAUACAGAGGCACCACUUGUCAAAGAAUUUGCUCUCCUGGGUUUUAUGGACAUCGUUGUAGCCAGGCAUGCCCCCAGUGCGUGCACAGCAGUGGUCCCUGCCAUCAUGUAACUGGACUUUGUGACUGCUUACCUGGUUUCACAGGAGCCCUCUGCAAUGAAGUGUGUCCUAGUGGGAGAUUUGGCAAGAAUUGUGCUGGAAUUUGCACGUGCACCAACAAUGGAACAUGCAAUCCUAUUGACAGAUCUUGUCAAUGUUACCCUGGGUGGAUUGGCAGUGACUGCUCUCAGCCUUGUCCACCUGUCCAUUGGGGUCCAAACUGUAUUCACACCUGCAAUUGCCAUAAUGGAGCUUACUGCAGUGCCUAUGAUGGGGAGUGCAAAUGUACUCCAGGAUGGACUGGCCUUUAUUGUACCCAGAGAUGUCCCUUGGGGUUUUAUGGCAAAGAUUGUGCAUUAAUAUGCCAGUGUCAGAAUGGAGCUGAUUGUGACCACAUAUUGGGGCAGUGCACCUGCCGCACAGGAUUCAUGGGGAAACACUGUGAACAGAAGUGUCCCCCAGGUACAUACGGUUAUGGCUGCCGGCAAAUAUGUGACUGUCUGAACAACUCAACUUGUGACCACAUCACAGGAACUUGUUAUUGCAGCCCAGGCUGGAAAGGAGCAAGGUGUGAUCAAGCUGGUGUGAUCAUAGUAGGAAACUUGAACAGUUUAAGCCGUACCAGUACUGCUAUCCCUGCUGAUUCCUACCAGAUUGGGGCUAUCGCAGGAAUCAUUAUUCUUGUCCUGGUUGUCCUUUUCUUGCUUGCACUAUUCAUUAUUUAUAGACACAAGCAGAAGGGGAAAGAAACAAAUAUGCCAGCAGUUACCUAUACACCCGCUAUGAGGGUCAUCAAUGCAGAUUACACCAUUUCAGAAACCAUUCCUCAUACUAAUGGUGGGAAUGCCAAUAGCCACUACUUCUCCAACCCUAGCUAUCACACCCUAACACAGUGCACAACCCCACCUCAUGUCAACAACAUGGACAGGAUGACCCUUGCUAAGUCAAAAAACAAUCAGCUGUUUGUGAAUCUUAAGAAUGUGGAUCAUGGAAAACGGGGUGCAGUCCUGGACUAUACGGGAACACUGCCUGCAGACUGGAAACAUGGAGGCUACCUCAAUGAGCUUGGUGCUUUUGGGCUUGACAGAGGAUAUAUGGGAAAAUCCCUGAAAGAUUUAAUGAAGAACUCAGAAUACAAUUUAAGCAACUGCUCAUUAAGUAGCUCUGAAAAUCCAUAUGCUACUAUUAAAGAUCCACCAGCACUUUUGCCAAAAAACUCAGAAUGUGGAUAUGUUGAAAUGAAGUCACCGGCACGCAGGGACUCCCCAUAUGCAGAGAUCAGCAACUCUGCUUCAGCCAACAAGAAUGUCUAUGAAGUUGAACCUACCGUGAGUGUUGUCCAGGGCGCAUUCAGUAACAGUGGACCUUUCAGCCAAGAUCCUUAUGAUCUUCCAAAAAACAGUCAUAUUCCAUGCCAUUAUGACUUGCUACCAGUACGAGAUAGUCCAACAUCCUCUGAGAAAGAGGUCAGCAGUGAAUGACACCUCAAGCUCAUUGUACGGCACAGUGGAACUCUUAAGGAGAAUGGUGGCUUGGUUAUGCUCCUUCCUGUACUUUGCCACCAUAUUUGGCUCCUAAUCCAUUCUGUAGACAAUUGCUGUACGUUAAACAGGAAUCUCAAGCUGAAGUUUGUAUACACACAUACGGCAUGUGGAUAGAUGCCAAACUGAAGAGACCCUGAUCAGAUUUUCCAUUACAGUUAUUUUUACAAAGACACCAAUUCCACACAUUUACACUGUAGUAUACUUGUUUAAACAUAGUAGUUUGCAGAACAGUUUUGAUAACAGUUCCAUUUCUGCUACUUUGAAAUUGGAUUUCAUGUCUGUUUUUCACUUGCUCAUGUUUCAUAGUAGAGAUACCCCUAAGGACUGUACAACCUACCAAAUAUCCACUUCUUACAGGUAGUCUGAUUCAUUUGUUAUCUAGAAGAAAAACUGUCUGAUAUUGCCAGAUUUCUUUCACAUCACAUCAUAUUGUGGUGGAUUAUAUUGUUUUUAGUCAAAAUGUGUAAAAAGACUUGAUCUGAUGGGAUGUAACCAAAUGCAAUGCGGAAGUGAUUUGAAAAACUCAACACAAGUUUUUCAUGUCUACUACUGGUUAUGGAAAUACAUUGCCUGUGUAGUUUUGAAGGUGAUGAAAGCAUUGCAUGCAUUAAUAUUAUUGCAACACCCGAAGAUCAGUGGAUACCCCAUACUAGUAGGCUUUGGCACCCAUCCUUGCCAAAUCAUUUGGUGCAUUACUGCUCCAUAUACUACAGUUCUGACCAUCAUUCCUGUCAUACUCGAGUAAUAAUCCAUAACAUAUCAGUAAUUAUUGCAUAAAUAUGUAAAUGAAAUCAGUUUAUUUUUGUCAGAAUGGACUGAAUGAGUGUGUAAGGAAUGGACAAAAAUGAUGAAUGCUGUAAAUUUGAAGUGCAAGAAAAGGUUUAAAUUUUAUAAACAAGUAGUAAUAUGGACUGUAAUAUAGAAUAAGAAUAGUAGUGUUUUGAUUAAUUUUUUCCCUAGAAAUGACUGAACAAUCUCUGUGUAUACUUGCUAAAAAGGCACCUUUUUUUUAUAGUUGAUGUAGGGAAAAUAUGCUUAAGCUGGUCUUUUGCAUUGCUAAUAACUUGACACAUAUAUCCCAUUUUUCAUUAACUUGUAUCUCCAUUUUUAAAUUUUGUAUCUAUGUUUCUAGUGCUCUAGCUUAUAACUGCAAAAUAUUUUAUUGUACAUCCACUGUUUAUUGCAUUUUUGACAGCUGGCCUUUAUUUUGUCUGGUUAAGAAAAAUUUCUCUUUGGGAGGGAUGGGGCGGGAGUAUAAAAGUGAGAAUUGAUAUAAUAUUAAUAUCCACCGGAGAUGGACUAAACGGGUUAGGUAGUAGUGUAAACUGGUGGAUUGAAUCAGCAGGAAAAAAAUACAAUUAGAAGGUGUUUUGCUUGAGGGAUAAUGUUUAUAACAAGAAAGCAUAAUAAGUUGUCCUACGCAGAAAAGAAAAAACAAGACCCCUAGCUUGGGGAUCAGCUCACUCCUGACCCUGCAUGUGGAGGCCAGCCUUCCCAAAGGCAUUCUCUCCUCUGUCUCCCAAGUAGCCAACUUAUAGUCAGGGCCCCAUGUCUUCUGCAGUUCAGUGGAAGUAGAAUUGUUCAUGGAAUCCACCCUUUGAAACAGAAUUGUGCUCUGGAGUCCAAGCUUUUAUUUAUUUGUAAUUGUUAAAACUGAUGCAAAGACAUCUCCCUGAAUCUUCAAACAGUCUGAAACAAUAGCUAGGGUGUCGGGACUGCUUGUUUCAUCUCAUUGGGAUGUUAGAUUCAAAACCUAAAGAUGAGGUUAUAUAUCAAUAUUGUUGAAGAUACCACUGCUGAUCAUGUUAGUGAAGCAUCCUGCUGAUGGCCCAUAAUCUCAAACAGCCUUUUUCACCUUCCCAAAGUAGUGACUCUGCACCCGGUCACAAGUAGGUUUACCUUUAAACACAUCCGAACUGUAUGAUGUGAUAUGAAGGCCAGCGGUUGGUCAAGCAUUUUGGUACUCGUAUGCUCUCUGCCUCAGUACGCUGAGGUGCCACUAUGGCUCUGUAUCUGAAAGUUUGGAUUAUGUUAGAAUCAAAGACAAAGAAGUGUUGACAUUGUGAUGGUAUUGGCUCCUAAGAGAAUCACAUCCCGUUGCCUUUGGCUGGAGGAACAAUAGCUACAAUACAGAGCCUCAAUGAGAAAAACGUUUCUGGAUACAAAACCUCCUUGGGCUGACGUGGAAAUACUGUCUGAUGUUUGCUGCGAUUAAAGUGGUGACAGAUCAGAGCUGUACACAUGAAGACCUCACCAUAGCUGGGCUCAGGCCUCUGAGGCACAUGUGGAUGCAUGGGGUGCCCAUUUACACCCCAUGUUUGUGUCAUACAUAAAUAUUGGCUGAUUUGCGGACAAACUGGAACUUCCUGGGCAAUUGCACAUCCUUGUAAAAGUUGUAUGACCAGCUCAGGACAUCACAGAUAUAAAAAUAAAUGCUGAUGUUUCAGAAAUUAAGCAGCAUUUUACACCCCACUUAAGGUAAAUGACUGAUUGGGUGUGUGUGUGCCAAGUACAUGUAGUGAUAUUGAUGUGUUUGUACUGUGUGAUCCAAACUUAAAAAUAAAAUCUCCUUUCUGAAGCUGUGAAUAGAAAAUGCAAUACACUACAACUGUGAGUUCACAAAAGUCGUCUCCUCUUACUUCAUGUAUAAUUUGAAUUUGAUGGCCAAUAGAACAAUUAUUCAUUGUAACAUUUAAAAAAAAAUCCCUGUCCUUCAUACUAUACAAUGGUGAAGAGCAGAGCAAAUUAUUUUUAACUUGUGUAGGAAUUCCAAAAGUGGUGCACAUCUUCAAAUUAUGCAUUCAAGCGAACACUCAUGACAAUAAAUCCUGCUCAGACACUUCAGGCUAUUGUGUAUGCUCUAAAUAUACUCAUACAUGCAGGUCCAAAUUCAGCCCUGCUGUAUGUGGUGACAUUUCUGCUGUGGCCAAGGGAAGUUGCACCUGCUUAUAUUUGGCCCCUAUAAAUAUACAUACGUCACAUAAAAGACUUGUGAAUAUGCAUGUCUGUGUGAAUAGGUGUACAUGCUCACACACACAGUUGCCUGAACAUUUAAUAUGUUCUAUUUAAACAAUCUCUGCAUGUCAUUAACUUGAGUGAAUAAAGCACAUUGGCUAAUGUAGAAAUUUAUCUAUAAUCUUUGAUUUAAAAACCCCAAUCAAUUUUUACUGGUAUUAAUAAUGGCUAAAUACCUGCUUGGUGCAACAAGGGGAAGCAAAAAUUUUCCCAGAGCACUUGCUUUAGCAAUCAUGCCAUCUAGAACAGGUUUCCUCGUGUGCCUCAAGAAGACAUGCUUUGGAAUACACUUUGCUGCUCUGUUAAGCACAACCAGAGCUCACAUCUCACAGCUGCCAAAGAGCCCUGGCUGCUGAUCACAGCAUGUUCAUUAACUCAGAGGGAGAAUUUAGACCCUUCCCAACCUCCAUACCAGGCUACCUUAGGGACAUGAUGUAUAUGCUGGUGCAUUUAUCUUUCCAGAUUUCUUCUUGAGAACUAUGGGGAGAGAUCCUGCCUUGCCACUUGCACAAAUGGAAAAAGGUGUCUGUGUCUUUAUAUGUUCAGAACCCCAUACAGAGGAAAGCAAUAUGAAAACCUAGGAUAAAUGUCCGUACCAACUUGUAUGCCAAUGCAAUAAGCGCAGAAUUUAGCCCAAAGUUAAUAUCUUAUUUUAAAAUGUGGCAUUUGGUAUAAUCCCUGAAAUUUUAAAUGAUUUAGACAAACUAUUCUCUGGCCAUUUAGAAAAACACUGAUCCUCAAAAAGACUUUUCUGUAUCAGAGACUUUUACUCCCAACAUACUGCUGCACUUAAACUUUGCCCUCAUCUUCAUUUACACAGAGAACUCCCAUUAAUUUUAAUUGGAGCUGCACAUACAGAUUGAGGGGUGAACAGAUUUCAUUGUGCCUAUCCUUUUUAUCAGAAUCUGCAAAAUCAAACUAAUGAAAUAAAGUUUAAAAAAAGUAUAAAUAUUGGUGAGCACAUUAUUAAAAAUGUAUUUGAUUUUCAAAAUACUAUGACUAAAACUGGACUGUUGAGUAGGGUUAUGUUUCCAAGUAAUGACCCUUACACUGAGCCACGUGAAUAGGACAAUGCAUCUUUAAGAUCCAUACUGAAGAAUACAGAGCUAAUGUUGACAAAAAUGCUUUAUAUUAAAGACUGUAUAUAGCAGUUUAAAUGACUUAAAACUGAUGGGUGCUUGUUUAACUAUUGUACAGAAAACCUUGCCCUUUUUGGUACAAUUAACACUAGUGCCAUAGCACUGGGCCUAACUAUUAUAUUUUCAGUGUUUUACCCCAGCCACUCUCCACUUUGAUAUGAUUGAAUUAUAAUAUAUAUUUUUAAAGAAAACCUACAAACGGUGUCUAGCUUGUAUCUCGAUUGUAACAAAAAAAACUGUUGCAAUGUUGAAAUGUUUUCUAUUUUCCAAAGAUGACUGAUGCUCAUCAUAUUACCCUUCACUACCAUUUAUAUCACCGAACAUGCUUGUAGGUUAAUGUAAUAAACUUUCUAAUAAAAGACUUGAAAUGUUG